AUGACUGUUGAGAACCGCCCAUCUUCCAACACUGCUGAUGGUGGUGUAGAUCCCGGUCGCUCCCCGAUAGCUGUCAACGUGACACCGAAGAGAAGCGAAUGUCAGAAGAAGCAUAAUAGAGACUGAAAUCAACAAGCGAAGUCGGUUCAGCCAUUGAAUUGUUCGUCGUAGGACCGUACAAUAGUGACCGUCGAUUUUGCGCCGUUUGAAUAGAGUAGACUACACUGAAUUUGUCGCUCUUCAGUGCCUCUCGGACGGAUUGUGCCAAUUGUACGACGAACGAGUUGGAAUCGCUCGAAACACGAGGCUACCGUUCACCCAUUGAAAUUUGCCGACAAAGUCAGACCUAGCUUGGAAGGCCGAAGCUGCGGCACGAAAGUUAGUAGACAGUUAACAUCUUAGCAACUAUACCCAUAUCAGUAAGUUCUAAAUCUAUACAAUGAAUUCUUAACCUAAAGUUUAUCCUUCUCGACAAAUGUUCCCUUAACUAUAUACAAUGUACAUUUGUUAGGUAAGAGUUUCCCAAACUUGAGGACUUGUUGUGAGUCGAGGUUUCCCUGAAUUUGCGGGAAAAUACUGAAUGUAAGUAAUCUAUAUGUAAACACUAAACUUAAGCUAAUGAAUUUCAAUAAAUUACAGCUUAAAGCUGCUUCUGUGAUAGAACUGCUAACAGGAAGUGUCUUCAACCGCCUUGAAACCCUCCGACCCGCAACAAACUUUAAGAUUCAUUUAGUGAAUCACUGCGAAGUAAGCAGCAAGAAGUCCUGCGAAGUAAGCAGCAUCAUGAAUUCCGCUCGGAUCUGCGAAAAAUGUCAUACGAAUGGCUGGGUGAGCCAUAUGGUCGGAUGCGACAUAUGUGACAUCUGGUUGCACCAGGAGUGCGCAGGCCUAACGAGCGAGACCCAUGACCCUAAUAAAAGUUGGCGCUGCGAGCGAUGUAUACAUGACGAGGCGACGGAAAUAGCCAGCAACCGUACCCGGCAUACUACAAGGACGUCAAGCAGCAUUCGGGCACAACGGGCAGAGUUGGCCUUGAAGCUUCUCGAGGAGGAGCAAGAGCUUAUAAAGAGGAACCGCGAAAAGGAGGAUGAAUUCCGGAAAAAGGAGGAGGAAAUACAGCGCAAGAGAGCCGAGCAAGAUGCAGAGCUACUGAAACAGAAACAUCAGCUGCUUCAGUCUUUGGAGGACGGAAGCGGGAGUGUUAGAAGCGGAAUGAGUAGUAGCGCAAGCCGGAAGAAGGUCGAAUCGUGGCUUGGGACCAAUCGUGGCGCUGUUCAAAUUCCUCUAGCUGAGCAGCCACAGGAAUCUGGAUCAACUCAACCCGCAAACCCAGCGGCAACGAUGGCAGCAUCUUCACCGUCGGAGCUGAAGUCUGGCCUCGAUUCCUUCGAACCAACAGCAACGAAGGCCAACAACGUACCGAAAUCGACGUCCACACCACAAAAAACCUUAAGUACCCCUUCAGUUUUUCCCCAAAUAUUAGCCCCUCCGUCAAAAUUACCGUUGCAAGCGACCAACAGUUCGAUGCUCUCAAAGUGGGCUGGGCACUACCCGGGGGUGAAUGUUCAUUCUUCGUCCGCACUUCCGACGAUUUUUGAAACUCAGUCUAAUGCGAUUCCUGCAAAUCAACCAAAUCGUUUCGGUGCAACGUCAUCGGUUCCUAUUACACGCAACGUUUGCGACAGUCAGUCAAGAACGGUGCAUUCCUCUGGUCCUCAAGGGACCCUUGGAUGUGAAGCUAUGUCCAUGGGACAGGUAGUAACUGUCAAUUCCUCCGGUUCGCGAUUUGUGACAGCUCCAUCGUUCGGGUGUGUGUCAAGUGUAGUGGCAGUGAACUCUCUACCUAAACCGAGUGGUCCUUCCUCUGGACAGUGGUAUCAACCUAGGGGUGCACCAUCUGAAGCCGCAGCACCUUUAUCCAUGCCAGGAGCGUACGGACAAGCGCGAACGGACUUCAACAUUGGCGGUAAUCUGAAUCCACCGUUGGCAGGAACAAGCAGCAAUAUAGAUCCACAUCAAACAGACAGUUCACAUUCUAUCUUGCCUCCAUGCGUACCGCAGGAUAUGUCGCUGCAAUGCACGCCAUCAGGCGGGCAAUUAGCAGCACGACAGGUGAUGCCGCGGGACCUACCAUCAUUCUCCGGAGACCCACAAGACUGGCCGUUGUUUUCUAGUUCGUUUUAUAACUCGACGGCAGCCUGCGGAUACACGUACGUGGAAAACCUUGCCCGCUUACAGCGCUGCUUGAAGGGACAUGCGCUGGAGUCUGUGAAGAGCCGCUUGUUAAUGCCGCAGUCAGUUCCGCACGUGAUGGAAACUCUACGGAUGCUGUACGGGCGACCGGACAUCCUGAUCCAUUCUCUGCUGCAGAAGUUACGAAGUGUUGCCUCACCAAGAAACGAGAAUUUGCAGUCAAUCAUUAAUUACGGAAUGGCAGUGCGCAAUCUGGUCGACCACAUGUUCAUUGCGGAUCUAGGCGAUCACCUACGCAAUCCUAUGUUGCUGCAUGAACUGGUAGAAAAGCUUCCACCACAAAUGCGGAUGCAAUGGUCCUGGUACAAGCGCUCAAUUGCUGAGGUCAACCUAGCGACAUUCGGUGAAUUCAUGUCAGAGUUAGUGAAGACAGCGACAGAUGUUACGAUUCCGCUGGAUUCUUCGAUCCAGACUAAGUCAUCCAACGCAGGACGAGACAAACAAAAACUGUAUGCCCACGCAGUAGCUGAUUGUUGCCAAUCAGCAGAAGUUAUACUGGAUAGGCAGAAUCAUUGGAGAGACUCGGAAACUACAAAGCGACUGUGCGCUUAUUGUUCAGAUGACAAUCAUGAAGUAGCGCGAUGCCCCCAGUUCAAAGCCUUAGAUCUCGACGGAAGGUGGAAGGCGAUUCGAUCGAAAGGGCUUUGCAGAACCUGUUUGAUUCCACAUCGGAAAUGGCCAUGCCGUUCUGUCAAGGAGUGUGGAGUGGAUGGCUGCCGAUUCCAUCAUCAUACUCUGCUACACUCGCGUCUGGAGUCAACGGGUGAUGUGAGGUCAAGCGAAAAUGUCACACGACAAAAUUACCAUUCAGGGAACAAAUUUUCUCUGUUUCGCUAUCUGCCCGUAACGCUGGAAGGAAACGGCAAGAAAGUGAAUACGUUCGCCUUUCUGGAUGAUGGAAGUGAGUCUACAUUACUGGAAUCCAGUCUUGCUGCUGAGUUGGACGUCAGCGGCCCCGAGGAACCUUUCUGGCUGGGCUGGACUGGAAAUAUAUCCCGAGAAGAGAAAGGUUAUCAGAGAGUCUCAGUGGCCAUUUCGGGAGCAGGAUUGAAAAGCCAAUUCCGGCUGAACAACGUACGCACGGUGCAGUCAUUAAAGCUACAAGGUCAAUCACUUCCCUACAUAGAACUUCAGAAAAUGUACCCACACCUGAGAGGACUCCCGUUGCAAAGCUACACAGACGCGGUACCGAGGAUUAUCAUCGGCAUCGAGCAUGCACAAAUGCUCACGACUUUGAAAGUGCGAGAAGGCGGUGCAAACGAUCCAAUUGCAGCGAAGACGCGGCUAGGCUGGUGCGUGUAUGGCAAACAAGUCGACGGUGGAUGUGCAGUCUCCAGGCUACAUGUCCAUUCCGAUGAAAUCGGGAACCAAGAGUUACACGAACAGAUGAAGCAGUAUUUCAACAUAGAACAAGCAGCGGUGGCUACUCCACUGGAGUCAGAGGAGGACAGAAGAGCUCGUAGAAUACUGGAGGACACAACUAGAAGGGUCGUUGGCGGUUUCGAGACCGGACUCCUGUGGAAGUAUGACCAUCCAUUGUUUCCAAAUAGCUUUCCACUUGCAGUGCGCAGGAUGCAGUCUUUGGAAAAAAGGCUUGCUAAGGAACCAACUCUUCGGGAUCGCGUGCAAGAUAUUAUAGCAGAGUACGAAUCGAAAGGAUAUGCGCACCGAAUCACACAAGCAGAAGUCGAGGCAGUCAAUCCGGAUCGCGUGUGGUAUCUACCCCUAGGUAUUGUGAGAAACCCUAAGAAGCCGGAGAAAAUUCGCCUGAUUUGGGAUGCCGCGGCACGAGUAAAUAGUGUUUCAUUCAACGACAUGCUUCUGAAGGGGCCGGAUAUGCUGACGUCACUGUUCGCCGUUCUGCUUAGGUUUAGGCAGAGGCCGAUUGCUGUGUGUGGAGACAUCCGGGAGAUGUUCCACCAAGUUCGGAUUAUCCCACAAGACAAACAAUCACAACGGUUCCUUUAUAGAGACCAUCAUGAGCAGACACCUCAGGUCUUUGUUAUGGACGUAGCGACAUUCGGCGCGACAUGUUUACCAUGCUCCGCACAAUAUGUAAAGAAUACGAACGCAAAGGAAUUUGCAUCAAAAUUCCCGAGAGCUUCUGAAGCUAUUGUUAAAGCCCAUUACGUCGAUGACUACCUUGACAGCGUCGACUCUAUUGACGAAGCAGUUCAAUUGGUGGAAGAUGUCAAGCUCGUGCACGCUCAAGGAGGAUUCGAAAUCCGUAACUUCUCAUCGAAUUCAGCUGAAGUGUUACAACGUUUGGGCGAGACCAAGCCGGUAGAAAAGAAAUCUAUGAUUCUGGAUAAGGUCGUAGAUACGGAGCGUGUCCUAGGGAUGAUGUGGCAGCCCCGAGUGGAUGUGUUCACAUUCGACAACACCUUGAGGGAUGAUCUUAUAAAGAUUUUGGGGGAAGAAGAUACGCCCACAAAACGGCAAGUGUUAAGGCUUGUUAUGUCGCUGUUUGACCCAUGCGGUUUCAUCGCACAUUUCAUAAUCCAUGGCAAGAUUCUAAUCCAACAUAUCUGGAGAUCUGGUACGGACUGGGAUGAGAAAAUUGUGGACAGUCUACGCGAGCUAUGGAACAACUGGACUCGACUUCUCAAGCAGUUGACCGAAGUAGAGAUAUCUCGAUGUUUCUUUGGAGCUUCAAGCAGUAAACUACAUAAUGGAAUACAGCUUCACAUCUUUGUUGAUGCAAGCGAGUUAGCAUACGCUUGUGUCGCGUAUCUACGGAUUGUACAAGAUGGGCAAGUUCGAUGCGUGUUCGUUGCGGCAAAGACCAAAGUUGCACCACUCAAACCGAUUUCCAUCCCGCGUCUAGAACUUCAAGCUGGCUUGAUAGGUUGUCGAUUGAUGGAAACUGUAUGUGAAGCCUUGGAUCUCCCUUUGGAAAAGCGGUAUGUGUGGACAGAUUCCAAAACCUGCCUCGCUUGGGUUCGUUCCGAUAGUAGGCGUUAUCACCCAUACAUUGGAUUCAGGGUCGGUGAGAUUUUGAGCAUCUCUGUCGUGGAAGAGUGGCACUACGUUCCGUCGAAACAUAAUGUGGCUGACGAUGCAACGAAGUGGGGAGUUGGACCCAGUUUCAGUCCAAGCAGUCGUUGGUACACUGGACCAGAUUUUCUGUAUUCGUCGGAGAAAGAAUGGCCGAAGCAACAGUUGAAGGAAUUGGAAACUGAAGAGGAUCUACGUGUCAUGUUCCACCAGCACCACCACCAACAUGCUAAAUCACAACCUUUGGUAGACGUGGAUAGAUUCUCGAAUUGGAUCCGUUUACUACGAGCGACAGCUUACUUCGUGCGGGCUGUCAACAUGUUUCGAAAGAGUCACCAGGAAGGAGUAUUACUGAGUAGUCAAGAUCUGCAGCAAGCGGAGAAUUUGUUGUGGCGUCAAGUGCAGUUUGAAGCGUUCCCCGAUGAAUACUAUGUACUAGAGUUCAACAAAGCAAACCCGGAAAAGGAGCAAAAGCAAAUCGAAAGACGUAGCCCUUUGUAUGAACAAUCACCUUACAUGGAUGAUGCAGGUGUUAUAAGGAUGAAUAGCAGGAUAAGAGCUGCACCUACCGCAGCAUUUGGAAUCAAAUAUCCUAUCAUACUGCCAAAGGACCACAAGAUAACAAAUCUUCUCGUCGACAGCUACCAUCGUCGGUUCAAACACCAGAAUAAUGAGACGGUACUGAACGAGAUUCGUCAGCAGUUCCGAAUACCAAAGCUACGCUCCCUGAUACAGCGUAUUGCAAAAAACUGUCAAUACUGCAAAGUUCGAAAGGCAAAACCGAAACCACCAAUGAUGGCACCUUUACCGAAGGUCCGAUUGACACCCCACAUUCGGGCGUUCAGCUACACUGGUGUCGAUUACUUUGGCCCACUACAAGUGAAACAAGGUCGCAGCGUAGCAAAGCGCUGGGUGGCACUGUUUACGUGCCUUACAACACGAGCAGUACAUCUAGAAAUAGUACACAGUUUAUCCACACAGUCCUGUGUAAUGGCGAUCCGUAGAUUUGGAGCACGUAGAGGAUUCCCAACUGAUUUCUACUCAGACAACGGAACCUGUUUUCGAGGAGCUAGCAAUUUGUUAACGGAGCAGAUAGAAGCCAUUCACGAAGAUUGCGCAGUUACUUUCACCAAUACGAGGACCCGAUGGCAUUUCAAUCCUCCAUCUGCCCCCCAUAUGGGAGGUUCAUGGGAACGGAUGGUGCGUUCGGUAAAGGCAGCAAUGGGAGUAAUCUCAGAACAUCCUCACCAUCCAAGCGACGAGGUUCUCGAGACUGUGAUGCUAGAAGCGGAAGCAAUCGUCAACUCCAGACCUUUGACCUAUGUACCACUGGACGAUGCUGAACAGGAGGCGUUAACGCCAAAUCAUUUUUUACUCUACUGCUCAAGUGGGAUAGUACAACCGAGGACGCCACUGGUAGAUAAAGGCACUGUGUUACGGGACAGUUGGAAGCUGGCAGGAUUCCUUGCGGAUGAAUUUUGGAAACGGUGGGUCCGUGAAUAUCUACCUACGUUGACGAAACGGACGAAGUGGUUCGAGCCGGUAAAACCUUUGGAGCCAGGCGAUUUGGUAAUUGUAGUGGACGAAAAUAAGCGAAACGGGUGGAUACGAGGACGUGUCGUCGAGGUGGGACGAGGUAAGGACGGUCAAGUCCGAAGCGCAGUAGUGAGGACCGCGGAAGGGAUCAUGAAACGACCUGUAGUGAAGUUAGCGUUACUGGAUGUUCGCGGGAACCAACAGGAUGGAGCGCCGGAACUACACGGGAGGGGGGAUGUUGAGAACCGCCCAUCUUCCAACACUGCUGAUGGUGGUGUAGAUCCCGGUCGCUCCCCGAUAGCUGUCAACGUGACACCGAAGAGAAGCGAAUGUCAGAAGAAGCAUAAUAGAGACUGA